GUUGUCAUGUGGUUGUCAUUCACGGUGUCAGUUUUGAAAUGGUUUUUCAUCAUGGAAAAGUCAAAAAAAAUAGAUCAGCUAAAUAUACAUCAAGAGACAAUAAUUUCCUUCGUUGAAAAAUAUCGAAGUAUAAUUGAAGACAAAAAGACUAACUUGGUAUUUAACAAGCAGAAAAAUGAGUGUUGGGAGAAGCUUGCCGGGGUAUUCCAUUCAAACGACUGGCCUCAGAACUGGCCAACAACUAAAAAGCAAAACAACCUAAAUCUGAAGACAAGGUGAAUUUGUUAAAAACGGAUAGUGGGGUAUCGGGUAUCCUCGAACUACUACAUUUGAUGAUAAACUGUUAAUCCUUUUAGUUAUAUUAAAUAAGAGUAUAUUAAGUAUUUAUCAUUAAAUUGAAUUACUAUUUCUGUUCCCAUGAAGAUACAAGUGCCG